GUCCACUUUCUUCUUCACAGAAGAAGGUGGUGCAUGUAAAACUGUCCUUGUCUGCAAGGGAACUCAGCAGCCUAAAUUCAGUGAGAAAAAGAGGGGGAAAGGAAGAGAAAAACCCAAGAAGUAAAGGGGUUAUGCACUUUUGGAUGUCAUUAAAGUGUACAGUUUCAAACUUUCAUCUGUCCCAUGAGCUUUCCAUGCCCUGUGAUUCCCUUCAAUUGAUUGCAAAGACGAUAAGAGGAACCACAGAAACCUUCUUCUUCUUCUUCUUCACUGACUGCAACAAUGGCUGAAUCUCCAGACGCCAUCCUGGAAGAGAGGAGGGAGUUGAUGGUGUCUCCAACUGGGGGCAACCCAACUCGCAGAAUCGCCCAUUUUCUCAAACCCUCAACCACUUCCAUCAAUGGCCUCCCUUCACGUCCUAUUUCUUCUCGAAUUCCAGGUGGGGAGUCCCAGAAGUGGCCGCUGAAGGUCUCCUUUCACGGGUGGAAAUACCAGAACAGCAAUUGGAAACUGUGGGUCGAGGCAUUGCAUUCUGCCCACCAUUCAACAUGGAAGAAGGCUGGGAUUUAUGAGGGAAUCAUGGGUUCCGUGUACGAGAUUCGAAGAGUCGACGAUUUGGUUUAUGGGGUUACGGCGAAAUGGUGCCCAGAGACCAACACCUUCGUGUUUCCUUGGGGUGAAGCCACUGUCACGCUUGAAGAUGUGAUGAUCUUGGGGGGUUUCCCCGUUCUUGGAGAGUCUGUUUCAGCCCCUCUUGAAGACAAGGAAAUGCUGGAAACCGAAGAGAAACUCAUCGCAGAGAGACUGCAAGUCACUAGAACCAAAGCCCAAAAGGCCUGUCAGAGUGGUUGGAUGAAUCGGUGGAUGGGCACAGGGAACCAAAUUGAACACGAAGCUUUCCUCUCCAUGUGGGUUUCAAGGUUUGUUCUUCCUACAAAGUCAAAUUCCACCAUUGAAAAGCAUGUAUUUUCCAUAGCGAUUAGACUAGCUAGAGGGAUCCCAGUUGCCCUUGGGCCUGCUGUCUUAGUAAGCAUUUACCGGGAUUUGAGCUUGUUGAAACAGACUACUGUGGCUCUAACCAAAAUGGGAAACAAUGAGAAGAAAGACAAUGUCUUUGCCCUGUCACUUCUGGCCCCUCUUCGGUUUGUCCAGGUUUGGGUAUGGGAGAGGUUUCCGGCUUUGAGACCACAGCCAAAACCAAAGGAAUUGGGGGAACCCAGGCUUGCUCGAUGGCACAAAAUGAAGGGUCGUAGAGUUGAGAAUGUUGGGCUGGCCCUGGACUUGGCGGGGGAUAGUUUUGAGUGGAGACCUUAUGCCAGAGCAGUGGGUAACUGGGAUUUUCCUAAGUUUUAUGGAGAAAGGGAAGAGUGGGUGCUGGUGGGCUCUGGCCUGGACCAAGAGUUGCAGGCCUUUGCUCGGUUCUUGAGGGUCUGCAAGCUGGUUGGAGUUGAUGACUCUAUGGAAUGGUACUUCCCACAUCGGGUGGGAAUGCAAUUUGGAAUGGAUCAAGAUCUUCCGGGUUAUGUUCACCCUUGUAAUGGGACUCCUGAAGUUGCUUGGAACAAUUAUAGCAAACCCAUUAAUGGUGUGAAGUUGUACAUUCCAUCCCGGUUCUUUGAGGCAGAUGUUACCACCAGAUACCUGGAGUGGUGGAAUCCAUUACUAAAGAAGGAAGGUGAUGAUGCCCUUGUUCCUCCUGGUUUUCCUGCAAAACAUAAUUGGGUGGAUGCAGGAGAAGGCAAUGAUGCCCUCGAUCAUUCUGGUUUUUGUGCAAAACAUAGUAGGAUGGAUGCAGGAGAUUCUAGUGAUGAAGAUAGAAUGACAGUUGGAGCGAUGUUGAAGUCCAUUAGAAACCUUAAAUGUGUUGGGAAGAAUUCAGCGACUCCAUCAUUGUCAACCUCCAAGACCGGAGGUGUAAGAAAUGAGUCACUGAUAAAUUGUGUAAAUAAUAUUUUUCAAGGUGUAGCUGCAUCAGAAAAAACCAUAGAAAAUGCAAAUGAGAGCAGUGAGAGAACUACAGCUAUGGCAGGAGGAUUGGGAAGAGCCAGAGAAGAUGCCAAUAGGAAUAAUUCAGAGAGUGCGGCUAUGGUGGGAGGGGCAGAGGAAGCGAUGGAAAAAGAAAAUGAGAGUAAUGUGGGGAGUCCAGUUAUGGUGGGAGAAUCAGAAAAGGCCAUGGAAGAUGCAAUCAGGAGUAGUGAAAAGAAUGCGGCAACGAUGAGUGGAUUAGAGAAAGCCAUAGAAGAUGCAAAUAAGAUAAAGGAGAAGAGAGUGAUGAGUGGCAUUGGUACUAUUGAGAUCCCGGGACUGGAUCUUGAAGCUCGAAUAUGCAAGCUUGAGAGGGUGGUUGCUGGGCUUAAAGCUGCAAGAUUUCAUUAGAGCUUGAAGGUCAUUUCACCUAUAGCAACACAGAGCAGUUUCUUGGUCACAUCUGCUUAGUCCAGUACAUAAUUGAUAAGUGUAAUGCUUUGGAAUUGCAUAGGUGUAUUUAAAUUUUAACACUAGUGCUUUUUGCUGGAACUGAUGGACCGAAUGUUUGUAGAUUUUCCUUUUUUCCAAGACUCCUAAUCUUCAUUCAGAUGCACUGUAGCCUUUUGUAUCUGGUUUUUUCCUUAAUCACAAUGGAGUAACUCAAGACUUGAUACGGUGAGUUACCAUUUUUGUUUGGCUA